AUGGCGUUAUAUAAUUUUAAGCGGAUUCAGCCGAUUCCACCGGCUAAUGAUUUUUUGGAUAUCGUACUUUCAAAAACUCAAAGAAAAACUCCAACCGUUAUUCAUAAGAAUUAUAAAAUUGGAAGGAUAAGACAAUUUUACAUGCGUAAAGUUAAGUUUACGCAAGACAGCUUCGAGGAAAAAUUAAAAGCAAUGCUCGAAGAGUUUCCUAAACUCGAUGAAAUUCAUCCAUUCUAUUCAGAUUUGAUGAAUGUAUUAUAUGACAAAGAUCAUUACAAGUUAGCAUUAGGUCAAAUAAAUACCGCACGCCAUAUAAUUGAUCAAGUCGCCAAGGAGUACGUCCGUUUAUUAAAAUUCGGUGAUUCAUUAUACCGAUGCAAACAAUUAAAAAAGGCCGCACUCGGAAGAAUGGCCACUAUAAUGAAACGCCAAAAGGAUAGUUUAGCUUAUUUGGAACAAGUUCGUCAGCAUUUGUCUCGUCUUCCUUCAAUUGAUCCAAAUACUAGAACACUCUUGAUUUGUGGUUAUCCAAAUGUUGGAAAAUCAAGUUUCAUGAAUAAAAUUACUAGAGCAGAUGUCGAUGUACAACCCUACGCUUUUACAACAAAGUCAUUAUUUGUUGGACAUAUGGAUUAUAAAUAUCUUAGAUGGCAGGUAAUCGAUACACCAGGUAUAUUAGAUCAUCCACUUGAGCAAAUGAAUACUAUUGAAAUGCAGUCGGUUACGGCGUUAGCGCAUCUUCGUGCUUGCAUCAUGUUUUUUAUGGAUCUUUCAGAACAAUGUGGAUAUAGUGUUAAAGAUCAGAUUACAUUAUACCAAAAUGUAAAGCCUUUAUUUGUUAAUAAACCGACAUUCAUUGUUAUAAAUAAAAUUGAUAUCACGCGUCCGGAAGAUUUACCCGAAGAUGAACAACUAAUGUUAAAAGAAAUUGCCGAAAAAGAAGGUGUUCAGAUAGUUCAAUUGAGUUGUUAUACAGAUGAAGGGGUCAUGGACGUGAGAAAUGCUGCGUGCGAUAAAUUGUUGGCGGCUCGUGUAGAUUUUAAGCUUAGAGGAAAUAAAAUCAACGAGGUCAUUAACAAGAUCCAUCUUGCUGAGCCAUUAGCACGUGACGAUAUACCACGUCCACCCGUUAUCCCUGAACAAGUUAAGGGUAGACCAUUAUAUGAUAUUAAAGAUCCUAAAAGACGUCAAUUGGAGAGAGACUUGGAAGCUAAUGGUGGCGGACCGGGUGUAUAUAAUAUUGAUUUAAAUAAGAAAUAUCAAUUGAAAAACGAUGGAUGGAAAUAUGACGUCGUUCCAGAAAUUAUGAAUGGCAAGAAUGUAAUGGACUUUGUUGACCCUGAAAUUGCAGAAAAAUUGGAUGCACUAGAGCGCGAGGAAGAAAAAUUCACCGCUGAGGGAUAUUAUGAUUCUGCAGAAGAAAUGGUACGAAAUAAAACUCAUAGAGCUAGCAAGAUGAUGAAAAAUCGUCCUAUUAUGCCUAGAACCGCAAUAACAAAGUCUAUUAAAGAAGUUGAAGAGCAAUUAGGUCAAUUAGGGUUGGAUACAAGUGCAAUACGUGCACGUAGUCUAACUAGGAAACGCAAAAGGUCAGAGACAGAUGAUAUGGAUAUUGAUAAUUCACAAUCAUCUACACAAGGAUCACGUUCUAAAAGUGCAGUUCGUUCGAAAAGUGCUGUACGUGAUCGCAGUGUUGCUGGAUUAGCCGAUACUAAGGAACUAAAAGAAACUCAGAAACGAAAGAAACUGUCCCAAAGGAAACCUAAUUUGUUUGCUAAAGUUGGAGAGUCUGAUAGAAGUAUUAAAGUUAAGAGACCUAAACAUUUAUUCAGUUCUAAAAUGUCUAAUGGAAAGAAAGACUGGCGUUAA